AUGACAAGCUCUGUAAAACAGGAACUUUUCAGAAAUAUUAUGGAUGAAAAUGGGAUGAUUGACUCUUAUCUUCAUUGUAAAGAAAUAUCAGUCAUUGCUUUUCAACAAGACAUGCCUGUUUAUUCUCCAUUUGGUAAUUUUUUAAGUCAAUGCCUUGAAAAUGGUAUUGAUCCAUCAUUAGAGUUAAUUAGAAUAGAAGAAAGUAUUCCUAAAGAUGAACCAGAACAAUGUGAACUUAAGUUAUAUUCAAUUAAUAAUAAUGUUUAUAAAGCUCUUCCAUCUAAAUUACCAAAAGAAGUUAUUUUAGCUAUUAGAAGAAUACCAACAAAGGUUCAACAAGUAGUUUUAUCCCAAAAUUCUUUUGUCCAAACAAUUGACAAACUUAUACUUAAUUAUAUUAAAAAUAAAGAUUCUGAUAUUUUAGAAUUUAAAUUAGAAAAUAAUUAUGAACGUCUCUUAUGCCAUGCUAUUGCUGAUUAUUAUAACCUUAAUUCUUAUUCUACUGGUAAUGGAAAAUUUAGAGUAACUCGUGUCAAUACAUCAGAAAAUAAUGGAAUUAUUCCAUCUCUUUCGUUAACAGAACUCUCUUCAAAAUUAUCAUUUGAUUGA